AUGCGGAAGUUUACAGCGGUUGCCAUGUGCAUCGGACCCCGUGUUUGGGGGGAGCAGUAUUUUAACCACUGUUGUGUCCGGGAGCAAUAUCAGACAAUAGUAAUCCAUCAGAGAUUUUUUCUUAGUAACAUUGGUGCUUUAGAUUUUGAAGCUUGCGGAUGUGACCUGGCUCAAGGAGGAUUUUUUGUGAGACAGGGAGACUACAUCUGUACUUUGGACUACCAGAGACUCUAUGGCACACGGUGCUUCAGUUGUGAUGAGUUCAUUGAGGGAGAAGUCGUCUCAGCACUGGGCAAAACCUAUCACCCAGACUGUUUUGUGUGUGCUGUCUGCAGGCUGCCUUUCCCUGCGGGUGACCGGGUAACUUUUAACGGCAAGGAGUGCAUCUGCCAGAAAUGUUCCCUGCCCCCUUCCAGCAGCACCGGCUCUUUUCCUGUACAGAACCUGCGAAACUGUGGGGGCUGUGGCUCAGAAAUAAAAAAUGGGCAGUCAUUGGUUGCCUUGGACAAACACUGGCAUUUGGGCUGUUUUAAGUGCAAUACGUGCGGCAAGCUACUGAAUGCAGAGUACAUUAGCAAGGACGGCGUUCCAUACUGCGAAACAGACUAUCAUGCAAAGUUUGGUAUCAGAUGUGACAAUUGUGAAAAGUAUAUCACAGGAAGAGUGCUGGAGGCAGGAGAAAAACACUAUCACCCAACGUGCGCACGAUGUGUCAGGUGCAGUCAGAUGUUUGCAGAAGGAGAAGAAAUGUAUCUUCAAGGUACAUCCAUUUGGCAUCCAGUUUGUAGACAGGCUGCAAAGGCUGAAGAAAAAAACAAGGAAACGAGGACUUCAUCUGAGAGUAUUAUUUCUGUACCUGCUUCAAGUACAUCAGGUUCCCCAAGCCGUGUGAUCUAUGCAAAGCUUGGAGAUGAAAUUCUUGACUACAGGGAUUUGGCUGCUCUUCCUAAAAAUAAAGCCAUCUAUAACAUUGACCGCCCAGAUAUGAUCUCCUAUUCUCCAUAUAUCAGUUACUCAUCAGAUGACAGGCAUAGUUAUGGGGAGGGUGAUCAAGAUGACAGAUCUUCCAAACAGUACAGGACAUCAAGUCCUAGCUCUGCUGGCUCACUGGGCUAUGGUCGCUACACUCCAACCUCCCAUUCUCCUCAGCAUUACAGCAGACCAGGCAGUGAAAGUGGUCGGAGCACUCCAAGCUUAUCCAUGUACUCAGACAGCAAAUCUUCACCUUCUGUCUAUCAGCAGGCUCCUAGGCAUUUCCAUAUUCCAGACACUGGCGUAAAAGAUAACAUCUAUAGGAAACCUCCUAUCUACAAACAGCAUG